CGCUGUCGUCCGCCCCCCCUACCCAACCCCGUCUAGAAGAAGCGCAUUGAGUCAGGCCAACGUCCUGUCAAGCGCAAAGAUGUCGGUCGCUUCCAAGAACCUGUUCGAUCUGCUCGGCAACGACGUGGAGGAUAACACCGCUCCCGCCGCCCCUGCUAAGAUCGUCGAGAAGACCUCGACCCACACCACCAAGCGCAACUCCGAUGGCGUCGCUCCCAGCAAGACCCCCGCUCAGGGCUCUGGCCGUCGCUCUAACUUGACCGGCAACGAGGCCGCUUUCCGCGACCGUAACGCCGGCAGCGACCGCAACCGUGGCAAGCCCACUGAGGAGGGUGCUGCUCGUGGUCCCCGCGGCGGCGCUAACGCCCGCGUCCGCGGUGGUCGCGGUGGCCGUCACCCCCGUAACACCUCGGAUGACCGCCACUCUAAGUCCAUCCCCUCCGGAUCCGAGAAGCAGGCUGCCCUUUCCUGGGGCGCCACCGAGGGCCAGGCCGAGCUGAAGGAUGAGCAGGCCGCCGAGGAGAUCGCCAAGACUGAGCAGAAGGAGGCCACCACCGAGGGUGAGGCCGCCGCUGAGGCUAUCCCCGAGGAGGAGGAGGAGAAGCACGUCUCCUACUCUGAGUACCUCGCCCAGCUCGCUGAGAAGAAGGCCGCUCUCGAGGCCGAGGCCGCCCUCAAGGUCCGCAAGGCCAACGAGGGUGUCGUUGAGGACAAGAAGUGGGCCAACGCCAAGCCCCUCAAGAAGGAUGAGACCGAGGAGUUCAUUGCUGGCUCCGCCGGCAAGAAGCAGCGCGAGCGUGAGCGCAAGGUCAAGCAGGUCCUCGAGAUCGACCAGCGUUUCGUCGAGCCCGAGCGUCCCGCUCGUGGUGGUGCUCGCGGCGGCCGUGGUGGUCCCCGUGGCGAUGCCGGCCGUGGCCGUGGCGCUCCCCGCGGUGCUGCCCGUGGUGCUGCCCGUGGCGGUGCCCCCCGCACCGAGAACAAGGCUGCUCCCAUCAACCCCAACGAUGAGUCUGCCUUCCCCAGCCUCGGCAACUAAAUGCCUUUCAAUAUCGGCAUAACGACCAUACAUCGAAGCCAGACUAUUCAGUCACACGGCCUCCCCUUUAUUUUCUCUUUGAGGCGGCAAUGUCAGAAUCAGGAUGGCGGCGGUUUGGGAUAAAAAAAGCAGCCAGCAUGGGGUCGGUGUUCGUCUGUUUGGUUGCAUUCACCUUUAGCGGAAAAGUGGUUUCAUGAACACCGGAACCGUGAAAGAGGUUUUCCUUAUCUGUCCACCACUUACCGCGGAAUCGAACAAAGUAAAACUGUUCAAGCUCGAAAGUUGAAACUGCGCGCGUUCGUAUGACUUGGUUCCUCCCCGUAUCUAUCCCCUUUCCUUCCUUGCAUGAACGUUAUACCUAGGAUACAUUUCUCUUUUUACCCGGUUCAAACCGCAGACAAAGGAUGGGAUGGCAACCAUCUAGAGGGCAAAAAGACACACACGCUAUAGUCUAGGUGGCACUAUGACAUAGCUCGACCAUGGCAAGGUCGUAAGAAUGGACAUAAGACAGGCUUGUUUUGGAUUAGCACCCAAUAUGGCAUCUGGCAAAAGGCAUCAGACAGGGCAGCAAUAUCAAAACAAGUGUUUUGGAUUCCUCUGGCAAAGGCACAAGCUGACACUGAUCCGUGACUUGUAUUCAACACUGUGUUGGCUGUUUAAGUGCACUUUUUG